AUGACCGGGCAAGAGCCUGCCAUAAUUGACCGAAUAUCUGAUGCAUCAAGAAAGGCAACGAAUGCUAUAGGAGAUUGGUGGCAUCGUGUAAGUGCUGAAAGUCGUCCACCCGCCAAUCCGGAAGAUCUGGUUCCUGUCAAAAGUCUACCAAUCUACAACGACCCGAAACCCGAAAAACAAUAUAAAUUUGUGGUCGAGGAGCCUUUGCCUUUGCAGAAUGGAAUUUCUCAUCUUCGACAUGCUUUUCAAACCGAAUAUGAAAGGCUAGCGAGCAGGUUCAGAACCGUUGACAAGACCGUGUCAAAAUCGAAAGUGGCAUUGACGAAAACCAAAAAUUACCUGGAAGAUGAGUGGACAGUCCUACCAAAAGCUGCCGCUAUCACCAUAGGAGGCAUGGCUGGUUUCGUGCUCGGCUUGAAAAGGGGUGUUAUCGGUCGCACACUUUCGACUUCUCUUGGAUUGGCUACCAUGGCUGCUUUCUGUUACCCUCAUGAAACAGUCGAUGUUCUUCGCACGGGAAAGGCGCACGCAGAGGACGCUUGGUAUCGUUUCCAACAAUCACCUGAACCACCGCAGAAGCCAGUCGUUGAUCUGAGGCCCCCAAAAUGAUCGUCUCUAUCGGUUCUUGUCAUUAUAGUUCAUUAGCAGUGUAUUUCGGCCGACAUCGUAUUGUAAUACCAAUUCAAUUUUUUGAGUUUCGUAGAUAGUUUGUAAGCUCGAUGUUCAUCUUCACUGCCUUAGCAGCAGGUUAGAUCGAGUUGUUUGGUUACAUAGUUAUAGUGUCAUAAGGUUUUCAAAAAGAAAUAUAUGAU